AAAACUGAGAGAGAUGUUGGAGAAGGGAGGAAAUAGUUUACAAUAAUUGGAGAUUUUGAACUGGGUCGCUCGAAACGAGUCUUUUUCUCGACGCUCUAAAAUCUGCGUCUCAAAUUUUGCGCACUUUCAUAUAUUUUCUUAGCAUUUCUUCACUUUCUAAUAACAUCUGGCGAUCCCGAUUUUCAUAAGUUUCUCCACUUUUAUUUCUAAUAUUUGGUCUCUACCGCUUUGAAAAUAUGGAGAAGUUCAUAGAUUUACUAGAGUUUGGCUCAGCGGAGCAGAAACGAAAAAUGGGUCGACCAUCAAAGAUCCCUCCUUUCUCACAUUAUGACGCGUAUAGAAGAUCUGACAUCGACUUUUUCAUAUCAUUGUUUUCUGGAAGAGAAGAAUUAUACAGUCCGUGCAAGAAGAAUAGUGAUUUUCGACAGAAAGCGUUUUAUAUUAUAGAGAAAAAAUGUGGACAUUUUCUUGCAAUGAGGAAAGGUAGAAACGCCGAAAAGUUAUGGUUAUACCUAUUCAAUGAUUUUGAAAAAAUGAUUAGAAAUGGUGGUGAUAAGAAUGAUGAGAAGUCCAAGUCUAUAGUUCCGUUCUACGAUUGUCUACAAUUCCUUAUUCCUUAUUUGGAAAAAACAGACAGCUUGUCAAAAUUGACAUUAACGACUUGCAAUGCAGAAGCCGAUGAUCAACAAGUAAAAGCAAAAAAGCCAAAGAUUGAGCAUGAGCUAUCAGAAGACAAGUUGAAUGAUGACUGGCUUCAAAAAGUUAUAGAUACGGUUACAUGUCAGCAAUCUACAAGUUGUACAAGUAUACAAUUGAAUUCUUCGGCUCCUUCAACCUGCUCUGCAAAAACACCUAACUCAACAGCAAAUCUACCAACUUCUGAAAAACACGCAGACAUCAUAGCCUAUGUAACAAACUUUUUAGAAGAUGUGCCAAACGACAAGUUGAUGCUUCACAAAGUUCGAUUAUUCCAGUUUAUCGAAGAAGAAAAGUCUAGGUUGAAAGAAGAAAGUAAAUAAAUUGAAAGGAAUGAUAAAAAAGAGUAUAGAUUGGAAGUGAUAGUCUAUGACUAGAAAGCGAGACACUCUUGUUUGUUUAUUCAUGAUCAUGGUCUCUCCUAUAUGAAACCACUGAAUUUUUGAUCGCAAAUACUUUUUUCAUGGAAUGAACAGGUUAC